UUGUCUGGCUGGCUGGCGCACCAGAUAGGUUCAAAUCUGACAAUCGAAAAACGAGCCAAAAAUAAAAAGCACAGGGUCUGCUUCCCCACAUCUCGAUCAUCAUCAUCAUCACACAUUAUACCAACAAACAAAGCAAAACUGGCAGCAAUGAUGGUGGACUGCAGCUUUGAAAAGUGGCUCAGGGGCGCACACGAGCAACCCUUCGUGGCGCAGUGGGCCGACAAGUUAAUUGACUUGGGGGCAACCUGGGAAACCUUUCGCCGAUCGGAGGAUGAUGUCAUUGUAGACGACUUGGUUAAGGUCGGUGGCAUCCCCAUUCUGGCAGCACGCUAUGUUGUGGGCAUAGCAAAGGAUGCCAUUGCUCGCCGUAAGGCUCCGGCAGCUUUGUUCUGGGACCUGGACAAGCUGCCUAUUCCAUUGUCGUCUCAGGGUGCUAGGGAGAUUACAGCUCGCUUCAAGUCCAUUAUGGCUAAGCAUGGCUGUCUAACCCAAUUCCGGGGGUAUACUAGCCGCACGGAUCAAUCCAACACCUCGCAGCAAAUCUGCCAAGACUUGCAGUUUUCCGGUUGUCAGAUUGUCCAUUGCCCUUCCAAGAAAACGGAAAUGAUGAUCGCAGUAGAUGCUAUGAGGUUUGCCUUUUUGAAUCCAGAGGGAGCUACCCUUGGAUUCGUCACGGAUGGCGAUGAGUAUGAUUAUCUACUCACCACACUGGACCAACCAGCCUGGCCGACCUCCCAGCCAUCUGUUCGCGGCAAGGCGCUAUUUCUAUGGGACUUUGGUGGACGCCGGCAGUAUUCAGGCGUGUCCAAGGUUGGGGUAACCAAGCAAAAGGGCUUUGGCCAGGGUUUCUCUGAUGACAUGGAUGCCUCUUUCUCUUCUCCUGACAAAAUGAUGAACCACGUGUCUGACAAUGUUAUUUGUAUCAGCACCACUGAAACUGAAAGCACGGCCGCCUCCGAUGACUAUGAGACUUGCCAUGAGAAGACUGGUAGCAUUGUGGACACUGACUCGGCAUCCGAGGGCGACGACAAACCGGUCGAGGAUACACCUUGUGCCGGUGGUUAUAGUACUCUCGAUCCCUGUGCUGGUGUGUAUGAAGCCCUCCACAGUCACACACCGACUCCAGAUAUCCAGUUUGAAACCAACGACGAAGAGGCUCAACAAGCUUCUGAUGCACCACAGUUUGAGACCGAAGAUGACGAGCAGCAAGAUUCGGCUCCAGCUGCCGAGGUAGAAGAGGAGGAAACGGAAGCCCUUGAAGAGGAAAAGCAAGCACCAGCUCCAGAUGCCCGGGUUGUAGCCGAAGACAAAGAGGAAAAGAAAGCCCUUCAAGAGGACAAGCAAACAUUGGCUCCAGAUGCCCAGGUUGAAACCGAGGACAAUGAGGAAAAGAAAGCCCUUCAAGAGGACAAGCAAACAUUGGCUCCAGAUGCCCAGGUUGAAACCGAGGACAAUGAGGAAAAGAAAUCCCUCCAAGAGGACAAGCAAGCACCGGCUCCAGAUGCGCAGGUUCAAACCGAGGACAAGGAAGCACAGCAAGCAACAUCUCAAGACAUCGAGCGUGAAACCAUCCAAGAAGAGGCUCCCACUGAAGACAUUGCUGACUCUACCCACGAUAACGAAGAGCCUUCUGCUGACGACGUUAAUGCUGAAACUGGCGAGGACCUAAAGCAGACUCAAGCUGCCACUGUCUGGAACAAGUUUCCAGAAAAAAGCAAAGGUGACAUGGAGCAAGACAAGAACAUGGAGAAUUGGGUCACAGUUGCACCUCCGUUCUUUGCCGACCAAGACGUAAAGUACCUCGUCAAGCUUGUCAAAGAGAAUGGAGGAGCAAAGAAGAGCUAUCUUGGCAUCAUGCUUCGCACAAGAUACCCCGAAAGAUUCUCCAAUCGCGAUGCUGUCCGAAGCUGUUUUGCUAAUGCCAUUGAAUCUCGAGCUGUCGUUGAAACUGGGGAAGGGGCUUUCAAACAGCUCUAUCUUCCAUCGUCGCUUGGAGCUUCUGUUUCCGAGUAUGAACCCAGACCCAAGGACGGAGACGCAGUCAAGGAUCUUACCACGAAACAGCCAAUUGUCGAAGCCACUCCGUCUAACUGGGCAAGCACCGCGGUGACUGGAGAUCGAUUGAACAAGAAAGCUGUCGACCGAGUUGUGUCAUUGCUCACAAUGAUGGCGGAAAACGACGACAUCUCUGUCCUCAUGAUGGUAUUGAAGAAGCAAAUCUGGAAUCGUUAUGGACGAGAGUGUCCUACAAUGGAGGAUGCGGAACUCUGGCUCCAGCAAGCACUCACCUCUGGGCGAGUGGUGCCUUUCAAGAAAAGCAUCAAGGGAUUGUGGUUGAGCCUGCCUGAAAACGCUCACUACUCCAGAGAGCACUUCCCCCCGGAUGACAUGGACACUGUCAAGGAAGAGGAUCAUGUCAUGGGCAUUCUCUGGAAUGCUGAUUCGUGGGUCUCCCGCAAGGAUAUCAAUGAAAGCCUCAAGAAAGCCUUCCCAAAGACCAUGAACACGCCCUUCCGCAGAACCAAGGUAUUCAUCAAUGGGCAUCGCAAGGGGAAGAUCUUCUUCUCAAAGGGCCCGUACGGCCAAGUGGUCGGUUUGAGUGAAAACGAUUCUCGCAUUUCGCUCAACCAAAUGGAAGAGGACAUGAAGGCGAAGCUACGCGAUGAGGCAAUGGUCAUUGAACAUGCCCCGGACGAGGAAGCUCAGCCAAAGCAAGAGAAAGCCAAGAAAGAGGCCGCUCCCAUCAUGCUACGAGAGGAGGACUUUCCUUCCUUGCAAGCAGCACACAAACUUCCGUAGUUCCUCCGAACUUUCCUGGCUGGCUAACACUAGCCACACAAUCAUCAGCGCAUUGAAGCAGUUUUAGGCAUCAUACUAAUUAGGUUGGAGCAAGGCAACAAGUAGGUAUCAUAGGUAGGAUGGCAACGAAGCUUUAAAAAGAAGAAAACUAAUAAUCAAAACAAUCUACAUACACGUCACUACUUUUUACAAUAGUAACAACUAAAUAAGAAAUAAAUGUACUGCGC